AUGAGUCUCACUUAUGGAGUCGGUGGUGUUACCUCAGCAUUGGCAGUAGUUGGGGCUUAUAUGCUCUUUACUGGUGAUGGAGAAGCUUUCAAUGUCGGACAAUUCCUCGAAGAGAUAUCGCCGUAUGCGUGGGCAGAUAUGGGUAUUGGCAUGUGUAUAGGAUUGUCAGUUGUUGGGGCAGCAUGGGGGAUCCUUAUAACCGGUUCUUCGAUCCUCGGUGGCGGUGUUAGAGCUCCUCGUAUUCGAACCAAGAAUCUUAUCUCCAUCAUCUUCUGCGAGGUAGUCGCCAUUUACGGCGUCAUUAUGUCGAUUGUCUUUUCCUCGAAGCUCGGCAUCAUGGAGAGCGAGAAUAUGUAUUCUGCCAGCAAUUACUACACUGGAUAUGCUCUAUUCUGGUCCGGCAUAACAGUGGGAAUGUGCAACUUGAUAUGCGGUGUUUCCGUGGGCAUCAAUGGUAGCGGUGCUGCUUUGGCAGAUGCGGCUGAUCCGAGCUUGUUCGUAAAGAUUUUAGUUAUCGAAAUCUUCAGUUCUGUACUGGGACUUUUCGGUCUCAUCAUCGGCUUGUUGGUAUCAUCAAAAGCACCAGACUUCGAGUAG